AUGGAAUCAAUGAAAAGAGAUUGUCCACAAACACACAAGAGAUUAGAAUCACUCAGGAUCAAAAAGAAUGUUUUAAUGUACUCAUGGAACAUAUUCAGAGCACUAAUAUAUCUGCUGUUCUGUUCCAAAAAAUAUGCAUACUCUGAGCAGACAGAUGAACCUGUAAACUUCAUUAUAGAGCCUGUUCACCUUAACAUCAACAGUAAAUCGUCCAAACACGACUACCAUUACAAUAAAACAGGCAACACUGAAACGUACACUGCAAAUAAAGGGUUCGGAAUCGCAUCAGUAUAUGUGUCGAGCACAUGUUCCAGAAAAGUUAAUACAAUAUGGAGCGCUAUAACAAAUAAAGAAUACGCUAAUAAUGUAGUUUUAACGUCAUACGAUUACAAAAACAUGAAAGAUUUAAGAGUUUUUAUGAUAAAUGGCCAGGAGAGAAUGUACACAAGGAAGUACAAUGAGCCAUGGACUGAAGUAGACCUCUAUAGAAAAAUCUUCGUACAUCUGAUUAUGGAAACUAUGCACGACACGUAUUCGUAUAAUACCAGCGGCAAUAACAAUUAUAGGACGUUUGAUGCAAAGUCACCCUUUCUAUUUUGCAAAAUCAUUAACCUUAGCAGUCAAACCACUACAAAAAAACUAUGGAAUGCCACAAACGCUAACGAGUGUGCAUAUAAGGUUAUAAUCAACAAUCCCGGAGUAGGCGAAAAGACGGACCAAAUAACCAUUUUUUCCUCAAACGGCAAUAUUAAGCACCUAGCAUUAAUAAACUUUAAGUGGGUUGAGAUUUUCCCAUGGAUAGUGCUCAAUAUAUCCCUUAGAGAGUCUAUGUACGAGUAUCAAUAUUGUAAACACGAAAACAACGUUGAAUGCUACAUACCUAAUGGUAACUUUUUGUUCAAGGCGAUUAGGGUGGUCGAGUCCCAAGGAAUGAGAAAUAUGAAUAUUGAAAUAUGGAGAGGAAUCAAUAGCAAAUUUUACUCGAGAAUGGUAUUUUACGCCAAGUCAGAUAAAAAGAACAAGUAUUUGGUCCUAAUUCUCGCCACCAACGAGUUCAUUGUAUUCCACAGAUCCCCAAAAAAUAAAAUAUGGGCAGAUCGUACUAACGACCCAGAUAUCAUAAAGACUCUUAAAGGACUAGGAAUUAAUCUUGACAAGUUUAUACAGACCAAAGAGGUAAUCCGCAGAGACAAACUUAAACAGCGUAAACCUCCACGGGUGGAUUUUGCAAAGUGGAUGCAAUCACUCCCAUUUUUAUCGCAGAAACCUGAAACAAAAGAGGAGCCAGCAGUUCCUGAACCAUCCCCCUCACCUGAGCCAAUUAAAUUGAUAGUGUUGGACAUUGCUAAAAUGUACGGCAACAGUGGCUAUAAAAUACACUAUAUACAUAACAAGGUCAUUUUUAUAGCCGAUAAAGCAUACCUCUUCCUUAGAGUUCAAAAGGGCAACGAGUUAAUAUGGUCCUCCAAAGACGGUUAUCAUCCCUACCAAGUGGUUUACAAGGAAGUUGACGGCACGCCUGAGAUAAAAGUUUACCUUCCCGACUUUAAACCGACUGAUCCAACUCCGAAUCCCUGA